AUGAAAACCCACUCGCUCCCUUCUCUCCAAUCCACUACAAAAACUCCAUCACCAUCGUCCACGUCUCAGUUUGCGGCGCUUGGCCUAUUGAAUAUCUCCGGACUCUUCAUUGGCUGCCUCCUCUCCUUCUGCAUCGUCAUCUGCCAGCCUUGUUUAUGCGCAAACGUAGACGAUGAGCCACCUAGACGUGGCAUGCAAAGAGCAACGUCUUCUCCGCCGUCGAAUCUUUCACCCAGGUCGAACAUGCGCAAAGGAUUGGAUCCGGUGACGAUUCGGGCUCUGCCGGUGUAUUCUUAUUGUGGGGACGCGGAGUACCAGAGCGACUGCACGAUUUGUCUUGGCAAGUUGGAGAAAAAAGAGUUUGUGAAGAUUCUCAGCAAUAUGGAGAGCAGCCUUGCUAUCACAAAAGAGUAA